UACCACACAGUUACCUGUACCAGUGAAUCAGAAAGAAACAGCUGAUGUUAUGGCUUUUGAUGUUUCAAACUAUUAUAUUGACAAUAUGGUUAAAAACAAUGUAGAACAUGUCACAGAGACUGAGGUUCAAGCCAUUAACAACCUCACCAUGGGUCAAUCAUCCAACCCCAAUUGGACAGAGAUGAGGAAAGGACGGAUUACGGCAUCGAAUUUCUAUGCUGUCCAUACAAAAGUGGAAAGUUAUAAGAGAAACGCUGCACACUGUGACAUAAAGCCUUUGCUCUCACGUAUAAUGGGAUAUAAACAUGUUAAUCCGAAUGUGAUGUCUUUAAAGUAUGGACGAGAAAUGGAACCCAUUGCUAAAAUUGAGUUUAUGAAAAUGUACAGAAAAAAACACAAAGAUGUAUCAUUUGAUGAAUGUGGUAUAUUUUUAGAUGUUGAUCACCCCUAUUUAGCAGCUUCCCCCGUUUUAUUGGUAUCAUGUUCUUGCUGUGGUGAGGGUUUAGUAGAAUUUAAAUGUCCUCUCAUUCCAAAAUGUUCUACAUGUUUUUCUUUUUGCAAAUGUAAUUUGCCAAGUUGUUUACAAAACACUGAAUCACUUCCAUUGAAACACGGGGCAUAUUAUGGUCAAAUUCAGGGCCAGAUUGAACAUACAAAGCGAAAAUGGUGUAUACUGUACAUAUAUACAUGCAAUGGACCAUUUUAUGAAAAUAUUGUAUUUGACCAGCAUUUUUAUUCAGAAAUGUCAUCCAACCUUGAAUUUUUCUAUCAUUCAUUUGUAUUACCAGAGAUUCAUUCUAGGUCUUUGCAACAUCUUUUGACCCAAGAAAGUUUAAAUGUUCAUACACCAGAGCCAAUGGAAAUUGACAACAAGGUACAUGUAGAUGGGGAGACAUAUUUUUGUCCUGAAUGUAAUAUGGUUGUUAUGAAUGAAGUGACAAAGCUUAAAGAGCGUAGCAUAUAUUGUGAUGUGUGCAAACUUUGGUAUCAUUUUCAUUGUGUUGGAAUAACUGACAAGUAUGUCAAAAGUUUGACAUCAUGGCAUUGUAAAAAAUGCAUUCAAUCUUCUUCUUAAGCUUCUCUCAAUAAAUGAUCUGAAGCAAAUAAACCCGGUACUUAUAUAUGUACAUGUACAUUUUAUGUACAUCAUAUAUAUUCUAAUUGUUACCAUUGAUAUUCAUAGUAUGUUCAUUGUAUGUACUAUAUUUCAUUGCAUGACUUGGAAAAUAAUAAAUUGUUUACAUUUUC